AUGCCCACGCCGUGGGCCUUCACCCUUUCCCGCCAAAUUUCUGCCGUUUCGCCCGUUUAUUUAAACAAAACCAUCAACAGUUUUGUCUCAAAUGGUAAACUCCAAGAAGCCCGCAAGCUGUUCGAUCAAAGUCCCCACUUAACAAACAUCGUAUCAUGGAACUCCCUCAUAAAAGGUUACUUUAAAAACAAGAACAUCCAACAUGCAGAGUACCUGUUCGACAAAAUGCCUCAACGAGAUGUCGUUUCUUGGAACACCAUGCUCUCCGGUUAUCGCAACGCUAACAAUCCGGAUAAAGUAUACAGAUGCUUUUUAGAUAUGAACAGAUGUGGAGAUGUAAGAUCCAAUGAGCUCACUUUUUCGGUAGCGAUUAGCUCAUUCUUGAAUCUUGAUUUCAAGCAUUUGAUCCCUCAGCUUCAUGGACUUGUGAUUUGUUUAGGGUUAAGUCUUAAUGUAUAUGUAGGAUCAGCAUUGAUGAGGGGUUAUGUUGAUUUGGAUGAUUAUGUAGGUCUAGUUAGAGUUUUCGAUGAGAUUUUGGACAAAGAUGUUACGCCGUGGAAUGUGUUGAUUUUGGGUUACAUGAAGUUCGGGUGCACGAGUGAGGCUCAGAGGGCGUUUGAUAUGAUGCCGAGGAGGAGUUUUUUUACGUGGAGUACUUUGAUCAAUGGGUAUAUUGAGAAUAAGAAGGUUAAUGAAGCGCGGGUAGUUUUUGAUAAGAUGUGUGAGAAAGAUGUGGUUUCUUGGACAGCGAUGAUAAGAGGUUAUGUGAAAGAUGGAGACUUUAUGAAGGGUUUGGAAUUGUUUAAGUUGAUGUCGAACUCGGGUGCUCGUCCUAAUCAUUUUACGUUCUCAACUGUUUUAGAUGCGUGUGCAGGCUACUCUGCUGUUCUCGUGGGUAAUCAAGUUCACGCGUGCAUCUUGAAGUCUGGUUUCCCUCUUGAUGUCGUCUUGUUGACCUCCCUUGUUGAUAUGUACGCUAAAUGUGGUGACAUUGAAGUUGCUUUCUGCAUUUUUGAGUCGAUAACUGUAAGGAAUUUGGUAGCUUGGAAUUCGAUCAUUGGAGGUUAUGCAAGACACGGGCUUGCAGAGAGGGCAAUGCAGGAGUUCGAGAGGAUGCUGAAGAGUGGUAUAAGGCCCGAUGAAAUUACCUUUAUUAAUUUGGUAUAUGCGUGUGGUCAUGGUGGACUAGUCGAGGAAGGUGAGAGAAUUUUCAAUUCUAUGGUAACAGAAUACGGAUUGAAAGCAGAGAUGGAACAUUACGCGUGUAUGGUGGACUUGUAUGGAAGGGCCGGUCAGCUUGAGAAAGCAGAAAAAUUAAUCGAUGGGAUGCCUUUUAAGCCUGAUGUGGUGGUGUGGGGGGCAUUGCUGGGAGCCUGUGGCUUGCACUCAUGUCUAGAGCUCGGAGAGAUUGCAGCGAACGGAAUCUACACAUUGGAGCACGCCCAUCCUGCAGUAUACUCGGUGCUUUCCAAAAUCUAUGGCGACAAAGGAGUGCGCGGUGACAUAACUGGUUUGGAUAAGUUGAUGAAGAAAUGGCGCGCUACAAAGCAGAAGGCUAGUAGUUGGAUCGAAUCUCCUUCUUCCAUAAACUGA